UGUUGCGCUGAGAGGUCCGGCGUAUCUGUGGCUCCUGGUGGAUUCUAGUUGCGCGAGCGACACGUGUUGAGUCAGUUCGACAAUUUCGCCUCUUCAUUGCAAAAAUAUUACGAUGGUUGGUCGAGGAAGUUCGUCGUCGGGGUGGCAGCAGGUUAGGAGCUUUGGAGUGUUAUCGGUGUUGCUAUGUACCAUCAUGAUCACUAUGACAUCAGCAGCUCCCCAGCCCUUCUCCCCACGAGGAGUGUGCAGCUACCCUCCUCAAAUGAUGGGGCCUGCAGCCCAGCGCAUCUGCAAGUUCAUCGAGGAAUACAAAAAUCUCGGCGAGCUCACUGAAGCGCUCGAGGAAUUUUUAGACGCUAAAGUUGAACGAAGCGUGAUGCCGCUGAGCGACCCUGAGGUGAAGCGACAAGAUUUGGACCACGUCUUCUUGAGGUUCGGUAGAACUCAUCACAACCUUUAAGGUUACGGUUAAAUACAGUAAUAUUUUAGGCAGGCCAACUGUCCAAACAAGAUAGAAGAUCAAAAUCAAAACGGUUUGCUGACGCUGAAGGAAGUUUAUGCAAGUAUAAUAAUUGUAUACGAGGAGUAGAAUCUGAUUAUAGUAACGUCAAAGUUUUACAAGAGAUACAAGAAAAAUCCAAGUGAUUUGCAAACAACUUUAGAAUAACAAUCUUAAUUUAUCUAUGCUGAUGUUCCCGAUCAGAAAUAAGUAGAAGUAAAAAGUUCGAUGAAUUAUUAUUGAGUAAAUUCAGAUUUUUCAGUAUGCCCAAGGAAACAGUCAGCCUCUUCAUUUUCUUUGCUGAGAUUUAAUUAAGUAUUUAAUUUGAUUGAAAAGUUAUGCUAAUUUUUGACUUUCCAAAAUAUAGUACAUAACUUAUUAUAGAUGUAGGAAAAGUUUAUAUUUCUAAUAUACAUUCGAACAAUCAUUUUCGUGAUAAAUAGAUGCUUUUAUAAUCUCCACUGGCCAAUUACGAGGAUGAACUCUCAUAUAUUCUACUUAUAUAUACACUAAUACUAUUGGUAAAAAUCUAGUAUUAUGAGCAGCAUCUGGAACCGUACUCAUUUACUGGCUAUUUAAGACGGGCAUGGGACGUAGAAUGAGAAUUAGAUAUAAGUAGGUGUUGAAUUCAGAUGAAAUCCUGUAAUUAUCAUGUGGGCAUUAUUUAAACAAUCUCUUAAUGGAGCGGUUAUGUUGAAAUGAAAUGCCUGCUCCGAUUGACGCAUGUUUAAUUUAUUUGCAGCAAAAGCAUUAAUGUUGCGGAAAAAUUGAAGCUCAGAAAAAAAUCAGUCUUUAAAGAAACGAAUAAUGCCUGUAAAAUGGGAACAUUAAUUAAAUAUGUAUUCAAAAAUAACUAAUAAUUAUAGAAUUUGAUCAAAUUCUUACUCAGAAGUCUGAAGAGAAUGUGUGUGGAGUAUGUCAUUUUAGUGACUUCUGAUGUUAUUGGUUUGGUAACUUUAAUUAAGUUCAACGUAUUCAUGCAGCUUGUUUUGAUAAUCAUGAUGUUUUGAUAAUCAGUCCAAAAUUAAUUUAUUUAUGAGCCAACUUCAAUAAUUUACGGUAUUACUCCAUCAAUUAUUAUUAUUAUUAUUCAGAGCAUUUAUCGUGGCGUCUGGUUUAAAAGAACUUCGAGGGCACUAACACAUCAGAUUAAUAGCAAGCGAAAAAUAAAUCGACGCAAGAAAGUAUGGGAGUGAAUAAAAUGAAUAAGCACCAGAUUUAUAGGUUCUUCACACGAUCAAUACAUAUUAAAUCCUCAGUGACAUUUGUAAGAUCAUUCCUAAAUUACGCGUCAUUUGUCAUGCAAGUUCUAACCA